UACACACUCACACUUUAGUUAACUAACUAACUAACAACAGAGAGAGACGAUUGAGUGAGAGUGCAUAUGGAUGAAUUUAUGAAUGAGACAUCACACUUAAAACUAGGGUGGCAGCAGGAUGACCUCGGCAUCAUCAGCAGAACAUGCACCAGAAUUUAGAAGAACGUCGGAUAAUGUGAUGGAGCUAGAGAUAAGGACCACACCUGGUUUUUGGGGGUGGAGGAGGUCGUCGUAACGAGCGCACUACAAAAUUGCAAAUAUUGACAUUGGUGGUAGACAAGCAAGACAUACCGGUUAGAUAGAGCAUGUUGGUUUGGUGCCACGAGCAAAAUAAAUUAGUGAGAUUAAGGAGAUUGAAUUUUAUCUCCAAAAUUUAUUCUUAUCUCUUCAAGAACAUAAAGGUCAUUGUUCGCGUGAAUUAAGAAAAAGUGUUCCAAACGAACGAAAGAGUUUUGAUUCUUGAAUUUGUGGUGACUUUAAUUUUAUGGGCUCGAUUGGAUAUCUCGAACUGGAUUGUGGUGAGAAAUAAUAAUAAUACCGCACCCACCUCUUAUUCGACGAGCUAUGCUAUAAGCUAGUAUACAUAAACUUGAUGAAGCCUAAUUUCGUGUUCGUCGGUAUUUUUGGACGGACAUACCGGCGUACAGAAAUAAUAAUACGCAACGCCAAGCUAAAUCAAUAUUGCACAUCUUCCUCUCGCAACAAUUAAAAAUGACGACACCUUCUAAAGAAGAAGGAAAAGAGGAAGUGACAGAGACGUUAUCCAAGAAUUGUCCUUGGAUAUCUGAAUACGAAUAGUUAAUUUGUCUCUGCGACUUCUCUAGCUUCCGAAACGUUAGAGAAAUGGCGUCCCAGAAACCUGUAGAAUGGGUAUCCUCUCUCAUUAUGAGAUUUGAGGAGCAACUUCCAUGCAGAACUGGACCACAAACGACCCACGCUCGCUACAAUUUGGAACAGAACAAGGACUGUCUCAUUUACAUUUCACAUUACCGUUUCUCGUUGGUUAUUUCGGGAUUGACCAAAAUUUUACAGAAAGUGAACGAAGCGGUAAGCGUAUUUGUACAGGUUCUAUCGUCGCAAAGGCCUCACGGACCCGAACUGGAUAAAAAUUACUACGAAUCCCUACUCAUAGUUUUAGACACGCUGGAAAAGUGUCUCAGUGGCCAACCGAAGGAUACUACCCGAUAUGACGAGGCUAUGAAUGUUAAAUUGCUUUUGCGAGAAGUUUGCCAGUUCAUUGAUCUCCCAGCGGAAAAUCCAAUGGUUAUUCAACUUCGAAAUCUUGCUUCCAGAGUUCUAUUCGCACUUUCUGUUAACAAUUUCAAUGCGGUGUUCAACCGUGUUUCUGCCCGACUGCAAGAACUGAGCACGACCAAUGAGGAAAAUCCAGAUUAUGCUGAUAUCGAACUCAUUCAGCAUAUCAGUUUGGAUCUACAACGGCUUAAUAAACUCCUAAAUGAAACUGUAUUGAAGUUCAAGUCCUUGAAAAAAGGGGCCCACGUAAUUUUGAUGACCUCACUGGAGCGUGCAAUUUGGAAUUGGAUGGACACAUAUCCUCAAGAGUUUGCGGAACUGCAGAAAAAGCCAUGUGAGGACCUUGCGAAAUGUUGUGAAUCAUUGUUUGAGUUAUUGGACAAUUUUGCUGAAAAUAAUAAGCGACGAGCUGCCGUGUGGCCCUUGGAAAUUAUGCUACUUGUAUUAUCCCCAAAAAUUCUUGAAGAAAUAGUCAAUGCCGAUGCGGGAGCACCCUGCUCUCCACGACACAACAAAAAGAAACAAUUUAUUGAUAGCUUGAAAAAGGCCUUGCUUCCGCACAGCUCCUCAAAGCAGUUGACUGAAGCAGCAGCAGUUACUUGUGUAAAGCUUUGCAAGGUUUCCACCUACAUCAACAUUUUAGACAGGAACAAUGUGAUAUUUCUUUUAGUACAAAGUGUCUUUAAUGAUUUGAAGCUAUUGCUCUUCAAUCCAUGCAAGCCAUUUUCGAGAGGUCAAAAUUUCGCCACUUUAGACGUCGAGUUAAUGAUUGACUGUUUUAUUUCCUGCUUUCGAAUUAAUCCGCAUAACAAUGAACCACUGAAAGUUUGUCUGAAUCCGAAUUCUCCUUCCGUUUACCAUUUCGUUCUAGUCAGUUCCCUACACAAGAUUAUUACUCAACCGCGCCUAACGUGGUGGCCACAAAUUGACAUAGUGUACAACAAGUCGUCAGAACUGAGGGCAAUGUUCACCGAAACACUAAACAAAGUUACCCAGGGGUACAUUACACAUACUCCACUAAAAAUGAUCCAGAUCUGUCAGAGUCUAACAUUGAAGGAAAAAGUUUCCACCCUUAAGUUUAAGGACAAGUCAGCUGAAGAACCUGCCAGUUAUAAAAAUCUCUUGUUUUGGAUGGUGCGACUGAUUCAUGCUGAUCCGAUGCUGAUGUUAAACAACCAAGGAAAAGCUGGUCAUGAAAUACAAAGUUCAACGCUGGAGCUAAUAAACGGCCUUGUAUCACUCGUUCAUCAAACAUCAAUGCCGGAUGUAGCUCAAGAAGCGAUGGAAGCCUUGUUGGUGUUGCAUCGUCCAGAAAAAAUUGAAAUGUGGAACCCAGAAGCCCCCAUAAACACUUUUUGGGACGUCUCAUCUCAGGUUCUAUUCUCCAUAUCUCAGAAGCUUAUCCAGCACUUGAUUGUGAACUAUACUGACAUACUCAAGUGGCUACGAGAAAUAUUGGUUUGUCGGAACGCAUUUCUUUCCCGACACAAAGACUAUGCAAAUGUUGGAAGUCAUAUUGCAAUUUGUAGACAAGCUCACAUCAAGCUGGAGGUUGUGUUUUUCGUCUAUUUGUGGAGCAUCGAUAUGGAAGCAGUUCCAAUAGCGAUGUCCUGCUUUGCGUUGCUUUGUGAAGAAGCAGACAUUCGAUGUGGAUCUGACGAAAUGACGAUUUCCUGUUUGUUGCCCAACUACCACGUGUACUUGGAGCUGGCUGCAGCUUCCUCAAUCUUGACAACUGGCCGAGCUGCACUGCAGAAGAGAAUCAUGACGCUGCUUAGAAAAAUUGAGCAUUGCACGACUGGAGUAUUACAGGCCUGGGAAGAAAGUUUCAUGAAUUGGGAUGCGUGUACAAAGCAUCUCCUACAAUACCCGAAAGGGAAAAUUGCUACAGAGGAUGGAAACCAAAGUAUUAGCGAAUUUCAUCAUCGAGGAAAACGAAGAGCAUCUCAUCAUUCAUCCGACCAUGAUUUGGAGGACCAAAUAAAUGAGUGGGCUAACAUGACAGGGCUUUUAUGUGCCUUGGGUGGAGUUUGUCUACAAAGGAAGAGUCCUGCAAGAAUUCCUAUGUCGUCCUCAUCAAGUUUGUCCUUAGACUCUCGGAAAUCUAGUGUUCUGACGUCACAGGAUAUGCAGUACUGUCCCGUUACGCAAUUUGUCAGUCAAUUGCUUAGACUGCUCGUUUGUUCAAAUGAAAAGUUUGGAGCACAGAUUCAAAAGCAUGUAAAAGAACUCGUAGGUCAUGAAAUGGCUCCGGCACUCUAUCCAAUUCUCUUUGACCAAAUUAAAGUCAUAGUUGAGAAAUUCUUUGACCAACAAGGACAGGUUAUCGUCACCGAUAUCAAUACUCAAUUUAUAGAACAUAUAAUUUUUAUCAUGAAAAAUGUAUUGGAUAACAAAAUGGACCAGCCAGCGGAGCAUUUAGGAGCCACUAGUAUUGAAGGAAUGAUGUUAGCAAUUGUCCGAUAUGUGAGACACAUUGACAUGACUGUGCAUGCCCUACACAUUCGUACAAAGCUGUGCCAAUUAGUUGAAGCAAUGAUGACCAGACGUGACGAUUUAGCAUUUCGUCAAGAAAUGAAAUUCAGAAACAAGUUGGUAGAAUAUCUUACUGACUGGGUGAUGGGAACCUCUCAUCAGAUUGCACCGGGAGGCUCUGAAUUAUCUCUGCAAAGGGUUCAUCUAAAUGCAUGGGGCGUCAUGCCAACUCAGGGAGAUGUCUCAAUGAUAACCCGAGAUCUUGAUCAGGCGUGUAUGGAAGCUGUCGCUGCACUGCUUAGAGGAUUGCCUUUGCAGCCAGAGGAAUCGGACAGAGGGGACUUGAUGGAGGCAAAAUCGCAAUUGUUUUUAAAGUAUUUUACCCUGUUCAAAAAUUUACUCAACGAGUGCACUGAAGCGCAAGAAUUAGAGCAAAAAGGUCCCAAAGCGGCUCAUGCCAACAAAUUAACUGCUUUAAGAAAUGCCACCAUUCAAGCCAUGUCUAACCUUCUGAGUGCCAAUAUUGAUUCUGGACUUAUGCACUCGAUAUCUUUGGGAUAUCAUCCAGAUCUGCAAACUCGGGCUGCCUUUAUGGAGGUUCUCACGAAAAUUUUGCAACAAGGGACCGAAUUUGAUACACUUGCCGAAACAGUUUUGGCUGAUCGCUUUGAGCAGCUUGUCCAGCUAGUCACCAUGAUUGGAGACAAGGGGGAGCUACCAAUAGCAAUGGCACUGGCCAACGUGGUCACCUUCAAUCAAAUGGAUGAAUUAGCCAGGGUUCUUGUUACCUUGUUUGAUGCGAAACACCUCCUUUCGCCAUUACUCUGGAAUAUGUUUUAUCGUGAAGUUGAAGCAUCGGACUGUAUGCAAACCUUGUUCCGAGGAAACUCAUUGGCUUCCAAGAUAAUGUCUUUCUGCUUCAAAAUUUAUGGAGCUUCAUAUCUACAGAAUCUUUUAGAACCACUCAUCCGACCAUUGCUUAACGAACCAACUUUAUUCUAUGAAGUUGACCCAGCCCGGCUAGAAUCUAAUGACGACAUUGAAGCCAAUCGCCAAAAUUUGACUAAUCUGACUCAAAAAGUUUUCGAUGUGAUUGUUUCUUCGGCCGAUAGAUUUCCUCCACAACUACGGAGUAUGUGCCACUGCUUGUAUCAAGUCUUAAGCAAACGGUUUCCACAACUUCCUCAAAAUAAUAUGGGAGCUGUUGGAACCGUAAUAUUCUUACGAUUUAUCAAUCCUGCCAUCGUAAGUCCUUGCGAAAGUGGAAUCGUGGACCGUCAGCCACCUCAGAAAAUUAAGCGAGGAUUGAUGUUGGUUAGCAAAAUAUUGCAAAAUAUUGCGAACCAUGUGGAAUUUUCCAAAGAACAACAUAUGCUGCCUUUCAAUGAUUUUGUGAGAAUUAACUUCGAAGGUGGACGACGGUUCUUUGUACAGAUUGCCUCAGAUUCAGAAACAGUUGAACAAAGCGGCCCGCAUUGCUUAUCGUUCGUAAGUGAUGCAAACGUCCUCGCUCUUCAUCGACUCUUAUGGACACAUCAAGAAAAAAUUGGCGACUAUUUAUCAUCGUCUCGUGACCACAAGGCAGUUGGAAGGCGUCCCUUUGACAAGAUGGCAACCUUGUUGGCUUACCUGGGUCCACCAGAACACAAACCGGUCGACUCACAGUACGUCAAUCAUAGUUUGCUAUUUUCCUCAUAUACUCGAUGGAGCUCAAUGGACAUGACCUCUAACAAGUUUGAAGAAAUCAUGGCAAAACACAACAUGCACGAAAAGGACGAAUUCAAAUCCAUAAAAUCUUUAAACAUUUUCUAUCAAGCUGGCACGUCCAAAGCUGGGAAUCCCAUUUUUUACUAUAUCGCAAGAAGACACAAAAUUGGUGAAACGAACGGAGACUUGCUAAUUUAUCAUGUGAUAUUGACACUAAAACCCUUUUGUCAUAAGCCAUUUGAAGUGGUGGUAGAUUUUACACAUACCUGUUCCGAUAACCGAUUCCGCACUGAAUUCCUUCAAAAGUGGUUCGUCGUACUUCCUGACGUCGCAUAUGACAAUCUUCAUGCAGCUUACAUUUACAACUGCAACUCCUGGGUGCGAGAAUAUACAAAAUAUCAUGACCGUAUUUUUCCACCGCUAAAGGUAAAGGGCAAUCGAAAAUUGAUAUUUUUGGAUUCCACAAAUCGCUUAUCAGAUUAUAUUGAUCCUGAUCAACAAAAGUUGCCUGGUGCAACUUUGUCGUUAGAUGAGGAUCUUAAAGUAUUUAAUAAUGCUUUGAAAUUGUCCCAUAAGGACACUAAAGUAACAAUCAAAGUCGGUCCUAGUGCGAUUCAAAUCACAGCUGCUGAGAAAACCAAGGUGCUGUCACAUACCGUAUUGUUAAAUGACGUAUACUACGCUUCCGAAAUCGAAGAGGUGUGCUUAGUUGAUGACAAUCAGUUCACGCUAACAAUUGCAAAUGAAUCUGGCCCCCUUUCUUUUAUUCACAAUGACUGUGACUCAAUUGUUCAAGCUGUCAUACAUAUUCGUAACCGCUGGGAGCUCUCACAACCGGACUCUGUGACUGUCCAUCAAAAAAUCCGACCAAAGGAUGUUCCAGGAACUCUUCUUAACAUGGCGCUGUUAAAUUUAGGAUCUUCUGAUCCAAAUUUGCGUACAGCAGCUUACAAUCAACUUUGUGCUUUGACUGCAACUUUCGAUUUAAAAAUUGAAGGACAACUACUAGAGACCUGGGGACUUUGCAUUCCUUCCAAUAACACUUUAUUCAUCAAGAGUGUGUCCGAGAAACUGGCUCAAAAUGAGCCUAGACUAACUUUGGAAUUUUUAGAAGAGUGUAUUCAUGGAUUCAGCGCAUCUUCAAUUGAGUUGAAACAUUUAUGCUUGGAAUACAUAACACCAUGGCUUCCAAAUUUGGUUAAAUUUUGUAAGCAUUCCGACGACACCAAACGUCAAAAGGUGGCCAUGAUUCUGGAUAAGCUGAUAACUCUGACCAUUGAAGAGGUUGAAAUGUACCCCUCAAUUCAAGCAAAAAUUUGGGGCUCCUUGGGCCAAGUUCCUGACUUGAUUGACAUGGUGUUGGAUAGCUUCAUUAAAAGAAGUGUGACUGGAGGAUUGGGUUCUCCACAGGCUGAAAUCAUGGCGGAUACUGCUGUGGCUCUGGCGUCAGCGAAUGUUCAGUUGGUUGCUCGAAAAGUGAUUGGUCGGCUGUGUCGUGUUUUGGAGAAGACUUGUACAUCACCAGUUGCAACGUUGGAACAACAUUUGAUGUGGGACGAUAUUGCGAUUCUUGCGCGAUACUUGCUUAUGUUAUCCUUCAACAAUUGCCUCGACGUGGCUCACCAUUUGCCAUACUUGGUGCAUAUUGUCUGUUUCUUGGUCUGCACUGGCUCGGUCUCGAUGAGGGCAUCAACCCAUGGACUUGUGAUAAACAUAAUUCACUCAUUGUGCACUUGCACCCAACCUCAGUUUUUAGAGGAAACCCACCGAGUUCUCCGACUCAGCUUGGAUGAAUUUUCACUGCCCAAGUUCUAUCUGUUGUUUGGAAUUAGUAAAGUCAAGUCAGCCGCUGUUACGGCCUUCCGAUCUUCUUACCGUCAUGCUGGAGAUCGUUGGUUGGGUCAUUACUCACCCAUGGACCGCGAACGUCUGUCUUUAACAUCGCUUGAGGUCAUUUGCGACGCGUUGCUUGAAAUUGUUGAGGCUUGUAUGAAGGACAUUCCGGAAUGUGACUGGCUACAGAUUUGGACUCAGUUAUCAAAGAAUUUUGCGUUUCGGUACAAUCCUGCCUUGCAGCCUAGGGCACUCAUUGUCUUUGGUUGCAUCAGCAAAGCAAUUCAAGAUCAAGAUAUUAAACAACUUCUCCGAAUUCUGGUCAAGGCCUUGGAAAGUUUUAGUGAUGUCACUUUAAUCGAAGCAAUUGUGAUGUGUUUAACUCGAUUACUUCCUUUGUUAAGACCUGAAAGUGCCAUCCAUCGAAUGAUGUUCUGGGUAGCAAUCUCUGUUCUUCAAUUAGACGAAGUCUCCCUGUAUGCAUCGGGAUUGGCUCUGCUGGAACAGAACUUGCACACUCUAGAUUCGCAAGGGAUGUUUGACAACAAAAGCUUGGAACAUAUUAUGAUGUCAACACGAGAACCUUUAGAAUGGCAUUUUAAACAGUUGGAUCAUGCCGUCGGACUGUCAUUUAAAACCAACUUUCAUUUCGCAUUGGUGGGACACCUCCUGAAAGGAUUUCGACACCCAACUCCAACUACAGUGUCUCGAACAACUCGAAUACUGACCAUGCUUUUGGGAAUUGUGGCAAAACCAAUGAAAAGGGACAAGUUUGAAGUCAGUAGUGAAAGUGUGGCUUACUUGGCUGCUCUCGUGUCCGUGUCUGAAGAGGUAAGAAGCCGAUGUCACGUUCGCCACCACCUAUCCCGACAUUUGGCCUCUUCCAAUGAAAACAUGAACUGGAGCCCCAAGUCCCCAACAAAUAGGCGACAAAAAUCGUGGGAUUUGUUGGACCAGAAUGCUCUCGUGCAAGCCCAAAGGCAACAAAGUAAACAAACGCCCUCUCAACAAGAAGGAGACUGCAAAAGGACCUCGGUUUCCAACGAGAACAACGUAUUACUUGACCCAGAAGUGGUCGUCGACAUCCAGACGCAAGCCUUGCUCCUCACCGUUCUCGCCACUCUUGUCAAGUAUACCACCGACGAGGCUGAGAUGAGAGUCCUUUACGACUACUUAUCCGAAGCUUCCGUCGUGUUUCCCAAAGUAUUUCCUGUCAUACAUACAUUGCUCGAUGCCAAAAUCACAAACGUUCUCUCUUUGUGUCAUGAUCAAGUAAUUCUGAGUGCUGUUCAAAAUAUAAUCCAAAAUAUGAUCACGUUGGAGGAUGGUUCUCAACAACAACCUCAUUAUCUACAAUCCGUUGGGUUUGGUGGUUUGUGGCGAUUUGCGGGGCCUUUCACCAAGUCCAAUUGUACUGCGGAGAGUGCCGAAUUGUUUGUAAAUUGCCUGGAAGCCAUGGUUGAGACAUGUUUACCCUCGGAGGACGGAGACCUGGAACAAUACCCGUCCAUGCUCUCCGUCUCCUCUGCUGUCAACCUGUCCUCCUCGCUUUCUUCCCUCACCUUAGGAUCACCGACCGAGAAGAGUUCAAUUCAUACACAAUUCUGAGACAUGGCCAGUGAGGAAAGCACUUCCCUUCCGGGAACAUACAAGAGGAGAAAACGCAAGUCUGAUACGUCGUUAGUUGAUUUUUAAAAUCCAACUUUGUGACUUAAUUGUAAUACACAAGUUCAAUGUGAUGUAAUGGUUACUGUUAAUAAUAAUGGUAAUGAAUGUUUUGCAUAUCUUGAAAUGCCCAUCAUCCUGGACAUUGUAGGUUGUUGAUAAAAAUAUAAAAUAUUUCGUCAUUCCAGAUAUGAAUACUAUUAAUUAGAACCGGUCCCAUUGAAGAAAAAAACUAAAUACUUCCGAAAUAUUUUAAUCGUUUAAUCGUUUUGACCAAUUAUACAAAUCACACGAUUUAUUUUUCGUCUCACCUGUCGUAAUGAGCUACAAAAAAACAAGGAUAACGUUAAAUCGGAGAAUUUUAAUAGAAUGGGGGUGUUCACGCCAACUUUAUAACCUUGGAAAUUAGUAAAUUUUGUAAAACUAGUUUACAAACUUUUACAAAAUCAAAAGAUGCCCUUGAAAGCUUACAGUAUAAAUUUAUAUUCUGAAUUUUCGGGGAGAUUUUUUGUAAUUUUUCUUUUGUUCCAAACACCAUCCCAACUUUCGCAGUACCUUUUCGAAGAAUCAAAAACCAAAGUAUUUUCUGUGCACUUACGCAAAAAAAUGAAGGACGGAGGGGGGAGUAAAAGAGACUUGUGAUUUAAGCUGUUACACUACACUACUAAAUUUUAAUAAUAACGUUUCAUUAUUUUGUUUUUGAUUGUUUUAUGUUCUUCUCUGAGGUGAAACAGAGGCUUGAAUUCUUGGUUGUAAUUUACAGCUAAAAAAUUUUAUGUUGUCAUCAAAUGAUCUCGUUCGUUGCUGCUUCCAAGGAGCACUUUUAAAACUGUAAUUUACUACCUCAUUUCGUUGAUCCCAAUACUACCUACUAUACACAUUACAUAGUUGUUAUUAUAUACAUGCGAUCACUCACAUAAGGCUGCGCUUUAUUUUUGAUGUCGAACUGAUUGUUGUAGUUUAGAAAUAAUUGUAGCAAUAUUUUAGUCUAGUUGUUCUUGUUCAGUGAGAAAUAAAAUGUAUAUGCACGACAAACAAAUGAAUAUUAUGCAGUAGUAGAACAAUAAAUAAGUGUUGCAAUUUA